GAGUUGAGUCGGCCGCGUAUCCUCUUGCCAAGAAGCAGCAUAGUAGAGAGUUCCUCCGUGAGAUCGCCCAUCUCAGACCCAGGACCAACCUCAUUGGUGCUGUCGCUCGUGUGAGAUCGUCCUUGAGUGGUGCUGUUCAUGCCUUCUUUAUGAGCCGCGACUUCAAGUAUGUCCAUACCCCCCUUAUCACGAGUGCUGAUUGCGAAGGUGCGGGUGAAAUGUUCCAGGUGACCUCGUUGUUGCAGAAGGCCGAGGGUGCUCAUCAGGACGUCAAGAUUGACUCCAACACUGGCCGCUUUGAUGGAUAUCGCUUCCCCGCGAUGUUCAGCUACAAGCAAGACUUCUUUGGUCGUCCUACGUAUCUUACAGUGUCUGGUCAGCUGAAUGUAGAGAACUACGCUUGUGCGUUGUCGGAUGUGUAUACCUUUGGUCCUUGUUUCCGUGCUGAGAACUCACAUACUUCUCGGCAUUUGGCUGAGUUCUGGAUGAUCGAGCCCGAGCUGUGCUUUGCUGAUAUCCACGAUAACAUGAAGUGUGCUGAGGAGUUCAUCCAGCACUGCGCUCGCCAUGUUUUAGCUCAUUGUCGAGAGGACAUAGCAUUCUUUGACAAGUUCAUCGAAAAAGGCCUCAUCAAGCGUCUUGAGAACCUGAUCGCUGAGCCCUUUGCCAGAGUCAGCUACACUGAAGCCAUCGAUAAGCUUUUGAAGGCUCAGAAGAACGGCAAGGCUAAGUUCGAGAACACCAACAUCUAUUGGGGUUUUGAUCUGGACUCUGAGCACGAAAGGUACCUCACAGAGAAGAUCUAUAAGAAGCCAGUUAUUGUAUAUAACUAUCCUGCUGCUAUCAAGGCAUUCUAUAUGCGAGCUAAUGAAGCUGAUGAGGAUGAAUCCAAGCAGACUGUGGCUGCUAUGGACAUCCUUGCUCCUCUAGUGGGCGAGGUAUGCGGAGGUUCUGUUCGUGAGGAACGUCUUGACGUUUUGGAUAAGAAGCUAUCUGAUCUCAACAUGGACGCUGAGGACUACUGGUGGUACCGCGAUCUCAGACGUUUUGGGAGUGUUCCUCAUGCCGGCUUCGGCAUAGGGUUUGAGCGCCUGAUCAUGAUGAUGACCGGAGUUGAGAAUAUAAGGGAU